AGUCGUGUAUCUGUCACCGCAGUGCAACAAAGAAAAUAAAUAUAUUUUUGUAUAAAAAAAAUUGAAUCAACAACACUUUACGAUAGUUUAAAGGUCAAAAUCAGACAACUUUUUUUUUUUUUACAAAUAAUGGUGUAGAUGUAAUUUAAAUGUGUAUAUUCUAUUCAAAUCAAAGUUCAAAGAGGUGUGGAAUUGUGCCUCUUAUAUAUGAUAUUUAAUUUCAAUGAAAAUUCAGAUUAAAUUACAAUUCUGUGAAUAGCAGCACUGGAGUAAAAAAAAUACGGAAAUUAUUAAAAAAAAGAACGUAACUCGAGUAAUAAUAAGAAUGUUUUGAGAGAAAAUUUCUAGAAAAAAAUUAAUAUUUACAAAAUCAACAUAAACUUUUUCAAUUAACGAGAGAAAAAAUGGAAUUAGCAUUAGCAAAGUAGUAAUCUUAAAAAAAAAGAAACCCCCCACGAGUCAAAAAUGUUUUCAAGAGUACGAGGAUUUUUAAAUCGACAUAAACGAAAGUUUAUCAUCAGUGGAGUGGUAGUUGGUGGAUUUAUUCUAAUCACAAGAUAUACUCAACGUAAACUUCGCGAAUGGCAAGAGAAAGAAAUACGUGAACUUCUCGAACGAACACGACGAUCGCAACAUUUUGAAAGUACAGAACGAACAUGUGAUCAAACAAUAUUGACAUUAGCUACAAGUGUUCGUAAUUCAGUGACAAAAGUAUUGGACACAGAAACAAUUGUCAAUAAACUUCGCAAUGGUUGUUCAGAUAAAGUUGCAACAUGGAAUAUUUUGAAAAUUCUCGCUAUUUCAAGAUCAGCUGUUAUUAUUUAUGCACACGCAAUGUUAGUUGCUACACUUAGAAUUCAAUUAAAUCUUGUUGGUGGUUAUAUGUUUAAAAGUUCACAAAAUCCAAAUGGAACAAUAAAAACCAAUGAAAUUACACAACAAAAAUAUAUGUCACUUUGUGGCUAUUUUAUGGACGAGGGAAUUGAAAAACUUUGUUCAUUGGUCAAGGAAAAAGUUGAAGAAAUAACAGCAUCCACUUCAUUGCGUGAUAAAUUAACAUUAAGAGAUUUGGAACAAAUUUAUUGGUCAAUAAUAUCACUUGUUUCUGCUGAUUCAAAAAUUGAUCCAGUUAAAAAUUUACCAAAUUACAUGAUUCCACCGAAUUGCGAAAAAGAGACAGACAUUAUUUUAUCAAAAAUGAUUAAUGAAACAUUAGAUCUUUUAGAAAGUGAAGAAGUACAAACAUUGAUACAAACAAGUAUCAGAAGUGGAUUUGUCCUAGUAAUUGAUCAUAUUUCAGAAUAUUUUGGUGAUUCAACUAUUAAAACUAAUGGAAUAAAAAAUAAUAAAUUUUUACCAGCACCAGGAACUUCAGGUGAAAAAGAAACAAUUUGGACAAAUUCUGUGGAAAAAUCUGCUGAUGAAUUUGUCAAUUUAAAUAAAGUUGCAAUGCCAAUGGCUAAAAUUAUUCCAAUUAUCAAUGGACAAGUACCGGAUGUUCCUACAUCAAGAGAUGUACCUUCCGAUUGGUUACAACGAUUGACAUUAAAUGAUAAACUCAAAACAUUAGGAGCGAAUGUCUAUGAAGCGUUUAGUUUUUAAUUUUAAUUUUCAAUUAUAUGUUUUUUUUUGUGCAGAGUAUUUGUAAAUAUUUAUUUAAUUUUUCCAUUCCAAUAAAUGUCGAAUGACAUAAAUUCGAAUGUUUUAGAUAAAUAUAUAAAUAAUGUAUUAUAGUUCAAAAAAAAAAAAAAAAAUCAUCACAUAAAACUAUUUUGUCUUAAACACGAUAUUAUUGUAUGAAACAUUGCAGAUCGUAAAAUCUUAAAAAAGCAUUUAAUAUAUAAUUCUUAAAAUAUUUGUACUCACAGUCGCAAUUUUUGUAUAGUCUAUAAAAAUAUACUUUCAAUAAAAAAUUUGACUAUUACCAUU